CAAGCCCAACCCAAAUCCCACAAAGGAAAGUACAAAUCGCUUGGAAUUUCACCUCAUAAUCAAAACAUUGUCGGAGCUCCACCAGGGCAUCCGUAAAAGAGGUUAAUCGUGGCUCCCUCAGGCCCACAACAACAUCAAACGCUUACUCGAAGGAGAUCAGCACCACCAUCUACAUUGAAUCAAGCUGUAGGUUCGGGUCCGAAGCGAAUAGUGCUCAAAGAAACAUCCGAAUCCGAGCUUGAUCUUCCAUUUUGGCAAAGAACCUGGUUUAUAUUGCUGUUACUUCUCAUGGCUAUUUCCUUUUUUGCCCUCGCUAUCUUCCUUUUUCUCUCCCUUGACUCUGAUUACACCUCAACACCUGUCUCUGCUGCAUCUGAAGGCGUCCAGAUUACAUAUGGAUCCGCGAUUAAGUUGAUGCAUGAGAGGACAAAGUUUCGUUUGCAUUCCCAUGAUGUGCCAUAUGGUUCUGGCAGUGGGCAGCAAUCGGUCACUGGAUUUCCUGGCGUAGAUGAUGCUAACAGCUACUGGAUGGUUAGGAGUACUGACUCAGCCAAGCAAGGUGAUGCUAUUAAGAGUGGAAGCAUCAUCAGGCUGCAACAUAUGAAGACCAGAAGAUGGCUGCAUAGCCAUUUGCAUGCAUCUCCCAUAUCAGGGAAUAUGGAGGUGAGCUGCUUCGGUGAUGACAAUGAAUCUGAUACUGGGGACUAUUGGAGACUUGAAAUUGAGGGCAGUGGAAAAACUUGGAGGCAAGACCAAAGAAUCAGGCUUCAACAUGUGGAUACUGGAGGUUAUCUCCACAGUCAUGACAAGAAAUACACCCGAAUUGCUGGAGGUCAGCAAGAGGUUUGCGGUGUUAGAGAAAAACGUCCAGAUAAUGUUUGGUUGGCAGCAGAGGGUGUCUACUUCCCAGUUACUGAAAGCAAGUAAAGAUUGUUGAUGGCGUGAGUUCUCUGGAUCACAUACAAUUUCCGUUUGCUUUUCACCUCAUAUUGGAGAUGGCUCUGAGUACCGCAUCUUUGUCCAUGGUCAUCAUCAAUUAAUAGAAGUAUUUUCUAACAGCAUUGUAGCUGAAUUUUAUCUGUAGAGACAGGCUAAUUAAUAGUGUACCAAACCUUUACUAGUACUUUCUGCUGUUUUUUAGCAUUUUCACUGUUGCAAAUGGUAACAAUUGAGUGAUACUUCUUCUC